UUGAUCGUCACUACCACCAUCCUUUUUAACCGGGACAACAUGGCUACUGCAGCGAGUCGUUACUACAGCGAAGACGGCAGGGCAACGAAAAGACAGAAAACCGACGGAAUGGCUACGGGAUAUGAAGAUCCACACAAGACCCUUCCUUCUGUGGUGGUGCACGUGCGUGGACUGGUGGAUGGUGUUACAGAGGCUGACCUUGUGGAGGCCCUGCAGGAGUUUGGAACAAUCAGCUAUGUAGUGGUGAUGCCCAAGAAACGUCAGGCAUUGGUGGAGUACGAAGACAUGAAUGGCUCAUCUACAGCUGUAACCUACGCUGCAGACAACCAAGUCUACAUCGCAGGCCACCCAGCCUUUAUCAACUACUCUACAAGCCAGAAGAUCUCCAGGCCGGGAGACUCUGACGACUCCAGAAGUGUUAACAAUGUCCUCCUGCUCACCAUCAUGAACCCUAUCUACCCCAUCACCACGGAUGUCAUCUACACUAUCUGCAACAACUGUGGGCCUGUUCAGAGAAUUGUCAUCUUCAGGAAGAAUGGUGUCCAGGCAAUGGUUGAAUUUGACUCUGUGCAAAGCGCCCAACGGGCCAAGGCAUCACUCAACGGCGCAGACAUCUACUCCGGCUGCUGCACACUGAAGAUCGAGUAUGCCAAGCCAACACGCCUGAAUGUGUUCAAGAAUGACCAAGACACCUGGGACUACACAAACCCCAAUCUGGGAGGCCCAGAUGGUGAUGCAGAUGGCAAUGGGAGCAGUGCAGAAGACGUGAAUGCCAACCCCAACAAGCGCCAGAGACAGCCUGCUCUGCUGGGCGACCACCCUCCAGAGUACGGAGGAGGUUAUCACAGCUAUGACGAGAGCUAUGGAUCCCCACCCUAUGAGGGUCGCCGCAUGGGUCCACCAAUGAGAGGGCGUGGAGGUAGAAGCUACGGGCCGGGCUAUGGACCUCCUCCCCCUCCUCCUGGCGAGUAUGGUGCCCACGCUGAUUCUCCGGUGGUCAUGGUGUACGGACUGGACCCUCUCAAGAUGAAUGCAGACAGAGUCUUUAAUAUCUUUUGUCUCUAUGGCAACGUUGAGCGGGUGAAGUUCAUGAAGAGUAAGCCUGGGGCAGCCAUGGUGGAGAUGGGAGACUGCUAUGCAGUGGACCGUGCCAUCACUCACCUCAACAACAACUUUCUCUUUGGACAGAAGCUGAAUGUGUGUGUGUCCAAGCAACAAGCCAUCGUACCUGGUCAGUGCUAUGAGUUGGAUGACGGCACAAGCAGCUUCAAGGACUUCCACGGCUCCAGGAACAACCGGUUCACGUCACCAGAACAGGCAGCCAAAAACCGCAUUCAGCAUCCAAGCAACGUGCUGCACUUCUUCAACGCCCAGCCAGAUGUCACGCCAGAGGUCUUCUCUCAGAUUUGUGAGGAAAUUGGUGUCAAGUGCCCCGUCAACGUCAAAAUGUUCACAGGAAAGAGUGGUGCAGCUCCCAGUGACCGCAGUGCUUCAGGUCUGCUGGAGUGGGAGUCUAUCAAUGAUGCCAUGGAGGCACUGGCCAUGAUGAACCACUACCAGAUGAAAAAUGCGGGUGGUCCCUACCCUUACACCCUCAAGCUGUGCUUCUCCACUGUUCAGCACGCCAACUGAGCGCACUGCUGUAGCCAGGAAGAUGAUCGGUCCACCAUGUGCUUGCAUCAUGAUGGCUUCAGCGCCUGAGAGAAAUAUUUCUUAAAAAUGCACA